AUGAGCUGGGGAUUCCUUCGUGAUCUGCUGAGUGGAGUGAAUAAAUAUUCAACGGGAAUUGGAAGAAUUUGGGUAGCAGUUGUGUUCAUAUUCCGCUUACUGGUUUACAUUGCGGCUGCAGAAAACAUCUGGAAAUACGAACAUGAUGAAUUUGAAUGCAACAUCAAGCAGCCUGGUUGUGAAAAUGUCUGCUUUGACCAUUUUUUCCCUGUCUCCCACAUCAGACUUUGGGCUUUGCAAUUAAUCAUGGUCUCCACCCCUUCACUCUUGGUUGUUUUUCAUGUUGCUUACCGAGAGAACAGAAAGAAACACCACAACCAGAAACUUUAUAAAAGUCCAGGAGAGAUAGAUGGUGGAUUGCUGUGCACUUACCUCAUCAGCCUUAUUUUAAAAACAGGACUUGAAAUACUUUUUCUUGCUCUGUUUUAUAAAUUGUACAAUGGAUUCCAAGUACCACGUCUUGUGAAAUGUGACCUAAGGCCGUGUCCCAAUACCGUAGACUGCUAUAUUUCCAAACCCACGGAAAAGAUGAUUUUCCUCUAUUUUCUGGUGGCAACUUCAUGCCUGUGCAUUGUAUUAAAUCUAAGUGAAUUGAGUUACCUCAUUUUCAAAUACUCCAUAAAGCGUUAUCUGAAGAGAUACAGCAAGAAACACCAAGGCCCAAAAAGUGAUUGCCACAAAUCAGAAAUCUUUGUCAGCAAGAGGCAGAAGAGCGCGGAGGGAGCCCAUGCCAUCAAUAGAGCACAACCACUGAGUUUAUCCAUAAGAUCACAAUCUCACUUCCCUUUCAGAAAGUGCCUUGUUUAUUCAGUUUUUAAUGGUAUGGCAUAA